AUGUCAAAACCCCAUCCAACGGCUGUCAAAUCGUUCAACUUAAACCAUGUGUCUUACGAUAAGUUCAGACCUUCGUUUCAGAAACCUUUAGUGGAGAAGUUCUUAAGAGACUUAAAAUUAAUUGACGUUAAACCUUUAACAUCGAAGAAGAUCCUUGAAUUAGCUUCAGGUACGGGGAAGUUUACUGAAAAUUUGGUUAAUUAUGGAUGGAAGGACAAUUUAGUGGUUGUAGAGCCGAGUGAAGGAAUGUUGGAUAGUUUCAAGAAGAAUUAUCCUCAAGUCAAAGCAUUCCAAGGUUCUAGUUAUAAGAUACCUGUGGAAUCAGGGAGUUUUGAUGCUGUUAUUAUCGCUCAAGGAUUCCAUUGGUUUAGUGAUUUAGAUUCUCUUAAAGAGAUUAGAAGAGUUUUAAAACCCGAAGGGAAGUUUGGAUGUGUUUGGAAUUUUGAUGGAAUUUCUAAUGCUCUUCAAACAACUAAUCCUUAUAGUUAUUUAUUAGAUUCAUCAUUAAAAGCUGAUACUACAGAUUUACCCCCUAAAGAAUUCGCCAAUAACAUGAUGAGUCAACAUGUUUGGUAUCAGAAAGUUACGGAAUUCAUGUACAACUUUGAUGCUAAAGUACCCCAGUAUAGACAUGGGAAAUGGAGAAAAGUCUGGGAAGAUAACCCAUAUUUCAAACCAGGUGUAGAAAGCUUUUAUUUCUAUCCAUUAUUGAUUCAACCCGAACAUGUUUUUGAUUAUUGGUUAACCAGAUCUUACAUUACAGACUUACCAGAAGUCGAACAGAAGAGAGCUAAAGCUAAGGUUGAAGUGAUCAUGAGUCAAUGGGUAGAAGACAAUGAUAAGGUUAAGGUUGAGGAUAUAGAAUAUUUACAAAGAAUUAUGGGGACUCAUUGUGUAGUUAGUGAAUAA